CAUUUGGCCCCUCACGAACCCGAUGCUCACCCCAUUCGCGAGCUCGUGCCUUCUGCUGCACAGAAGGGAUUGCUCAGCUCUCAAAGGAGGAACUGAGGAAGACCAUAGCGAGGCAUCCAGUUAGCGCCCGUGCAAGAAGAUGUACGCUUCAAUGGCAGAACCAGGAGAGAUACUCCCUGAUCGGAAGCCGGAAAAGUCUCCAUACGAGAUUCUCUGCCAGAGCAAAGCUUCGGUUGAGGAGAUCGUUUCAUCGAUGCUCUCAAUCAAGAAGAACGGCGAGUCGGAAUCUGAAUUUCGGGAGCUCAUCACCCAAAUGCUACUUAACUUUGUUACUCUCCGUCAGGCAAACCGUGCCAUCUUGCUAGAGGAAGAUCGUGUAAAAUCUGAAACAGAGCAUGCAAAAGCACCAGUAGAUUUCACAACGCUGCAGCUGCACAACUUAAUGUAUGAAAAAAGUCACUAUCUCAAAGCUAUAAAAGCUUGCAAAGAUUUCAAGUCAAAGUAUCCUGACAUCGAACUUGUUCCUGAGGAAGAGUUCUUUAGAGAUGCACCCGAGGAGAUUAAAAGUUCUAUUAUAUCCAAUGACACUGCACAAAAUUUAAUGCUCAAACGCCUCAAUUUUGAACUAUUCCAGCGCAAAGAACUUUGUGAACUGCGUGAAAAACUGGGAGAACAGAAGAAGAAUCUUCAGGGGAUCAUAGCUAACAGAAAGAAAUUCUUAUUGAGCCUCCCAUCACAUCUGAAGUCUCUUAAGAAAGCAUCCUUGCCUGUUCAGCAUCAUUUAGGAGUUCAGCACACAAAGAAGCUAAAGCAACUGCAUUCGGCAGAAUUGCUUCCCCCACCUCUGUAUGUUAUAUUUUCACAGCUACUGGCCCAGAAAGAAGCCUUUGAAGAGAAUAUAGAGAUGGAAAUUGUUGGAAGUGUCAAAGAUGCUCAGACUGUUGCUCGCCAGCAGGCAACUAAAGACACUGCUAAAACUACCAGUGUAGAUAGUUCUAAGCUCGAUGAGGAUCUGCCUGAUGAGGAAGACGAUGGACAACGGAGGAGAAAACGUCCUCGGAAGGCUCCGAGCAAGGAAAGUUUAGACCAAACAGGAAUCUAUCAAGCACACCCUCUUAAAGUCGCUCUUCAUGUUCACGAUGACAGGACUACUAAUUCAACCCACACCAAGCUUGUAACUCUGAAAUUUGAAUACUUGAUGAAGUUGAAUGUAGUAUGUGUUGGGGUGGAUGGUUCUCAAGAGGAUUUGGGCAUGGACAUCCUGUGUAAUCUGUUUCCUGAUGAUACUGGCCUAGAGCUUCCUCAUCAGUCAGCUAAGAUGAUUGGAAAUUCAAACGAAUUUGAUGCGACAAGAACUUUGCGACCUUACAAGUGGGCUCAACAUCUCGCAGGGAUUGAUUUUUUGCCAGAGGUUACACCAUUGCUAGGUGGUUCUGAAAGUUCUAAAGAAGAAACGGCUAAGCAUUCUACGAUUAUAGCUGGUCUGUCGCUAUAUCGUCAGCAGAAUCGAGUGCAAACAGUUGUGCAAAGAAUCCGUGCUAGAAAAAAGGCUCAGUUGGCUCUUGCGGAGCAGUUUGAUUCUCUAAAAAAGUUGGAGUGGCCAGUUCUCACACGUAAAAGCGUUCCAUGGACAUCCCAUAACCACCGUUGCUGUUUGCACAGUUGGUCAUCUAUUGAUUCACCACGCAAAUCAACCUUACCAUUGCCGGUUGUGGAUGCAGAAAAGGUUCUCCUUGAUCCUGAUAUUUCAAUGGAUGUCAGAUCUGAUACUUCAAAGCAACAGGUUGAAAACUCCAGAGAGGAUGGGGAACUUCCCUCCUUAAUGCUAGGCAUUGCUGGAGUAAAUGAUCCAAAUCUUACUCCAACUAAAGGAACUAUUAUUGAUAAUAAUUCCAGAAAACUUGAUUUCAUUUCGAAACGUGUCAUAUCCCCUCUUAACAAGGGGAAGUCUCCAAGCUUUAAAAAGUAUGAGGAGGAUGGAGACCUUAUUUUAAUGGAAUCAGAUAGUGACGGGGAUGAUCCGGCUCAAGUUGUGCAGGAUGCUAGCAACAUUCUUGGGGGUACACUGGCUUGUGUAGAUGAUAAGUCUUGGGCGGACUGCAAGGUUGUGGACUAUAUUCUUCUCUUAACCAGAAAGGCUCACGAUGAGGAAAAGAUCUUGAGAUUAGAAGCCCAGGUUAAAAUAAGCAUGGAGUAUCCUCUUCGGCCACCUCUUUUUAGACUGAGACUUUAUGCAACCCUUGAUGACAAGAGCUACUGUGAGGUUCACUGCUCAGAGUGGUAUAAUGAACUCCGAGCCAUGGAGGCAGAGGUAAAUGUUCACAUAAUGAAAGUAAUACCUGCUGAUGAAGAAAACAAAGUAUUGGCUCAUCAGGUCCAUUGCCUUGCAAUGCUCUUUGACUUUUGUAUGGAUGACAAGGAAACAUGUUCUGAGAAAAGAACGAGCACAUCUGUGAUCGAUGUUGGUCUCUGCAAACCUGUUGGUGGUGAGCUUGUUUCUAGAUCGUUCCGAGGCAGGGACCGCAGAAAAAUGAUAUCUUGGAAGGACACUGUCUGCACUCCUGGCUAUCCUUACUAGCUAUGAAGCAUGGAAACUUCCCGUGGCUCACGUUUCCGUGUUUUGGAAACUCGGAAACUUCAAAUUCCCGUUUCGGCGCUGUUUCCAUAAUUAAGAAGAACUGGGUAACCCGUUUCCCCAAAAUAAUCAGCGUUUUGGAAACCUUGGGUUUCCAAAACUUUUUCUUUAUGGUGAGAUUUCUUCAAGGAAAAUAGUACAUUUAUAAACUUUUUGGUGAAUUUUUAUGUGAUUUCAUUCUAGCAACAUUGUGAUACUUCAUAAUGUAAAGCAUUGCUAGACAUGUAUUGCAUGUUGUAUUUAAUCAGGUACUAAUAUGUAAUAGUUUCUAAAUUUGGACAUGCAGAAUGUUUUAAUACGGAGUAUUAGUUAUCAAAGUUACAGGAAAAAACUAUGUUGACAUAUAUAUAUAUAUAUAUAUAUAUAUAUAUAUAUAUAUAUAUAUAUAUAAAUG